GGAGCCCCAGAGCGCGGCGUCGAGUCACAAGGCGGGCGGCGAGGAGAGCGGCUGGGCGGCGGUGGAACGAGCGAGGCAGGCGACACCCACCCGAUUGCUUCCCAUUUCCUUCCUCUUUGUCGCACCUCAGACGUACCGUGAGGAUUCCUCCGUGGUCCUCUGGACGGCGAGCGGGCGCGCGCGGCUGAGGCGACAACCGGGGGGAAGAAGAAGGCGACAGGCGAGGUGAUGCGUAACCCGCUGGCGGCCAACCCCAACUCCUUCGCGGCUGCCUCCACCGCCGCGGCCGCCGCCUCCGUCGGCUCUUAGAGCUGCCUCCGGCCUCUGAGAGGCGACCCCUUUUUUGCCUGCCUCUGAGCACCACCCUUGCACUUCUCCCGCUUCCGGUCACCGGGAUGACCAGGGAUCCCUCCGUGUAGCCUGCAGACGUCGAGGACAGCCCCUCCCCGCAGCCCGUUUCCUCCCAGACCGACCCUUCCUCCGCUCUCCCGGCCCCUCCCUCCUCGGUGACAGAGGUCGGGAGUGGGCGCCCGCCGCCCCGUUCGAGAUGGGGGUGAACGCCGUACACUGGUUCCGCAAGGGGCUGCGGCUCCACGACAACCCGGCCCUGCGGGAGUGCAUCCAAGGCGCCGACUCCGUGCGCUGCGUCUAUAUCCUGGACCCCUGGUUCGCCGGAUCCUCCAACGUGGGAAUCAACCGGUGGAGGUUUCUGCUUCAGUGUCUUGAGGACUUGGAUGCCAAUUUACGAAAGUUAAAUUCACGUUUGUUUGUUAUUCGAGGGCAGCCUGCAGAUGUGUUUCCUAGGCUGUUUAAGGAAUGGAAUAUUACAAAACUUUCAAUUGAAUAUGAUUCUGAGCCAUUUGGGAAGGAGAGAGAUGCAGCAAUUAAGAAGCUGGCCAGUGAAGCAGGAGUCGAAGUCAUUGUACGAAUUUCACACACUCUGUAUGAUCUAGACAAGAUUAUAGAAUUAAAUGGAGGGCAGCCACCUCUUACCUAUAAGCGAUUCCAAACUCUAAUCAGCCGAAUGGAGCCACUGGAGAUGCCUGUAGAAACGAUCACUGCAGAAGUAAUGUCAAAGUGCACUACCCCUGUUUCUGAUGACCAUGAUGAGAAAUACGGCGUUCCUUCGCUGGAAGAAUUAGGUUUUGAUACAGAUGGAUUGCCUUCUGCUGUGUGGCCAGGUGGAGAAACAGAAGCUCUUACAAGAUUGGAAAGACAUUUAGAAAGAAAGGCUUGGGUAGCAAACUUUGAAAGGCCUCGAAUGAAUGCAAAUUCUCUCCUUGCGAGUCCUACAGGUCUUAGUCCCUAUCUACGGUUCGGCUGCUUGUCAUGCCGCCUCUUUUAUUUCAAGUUGACAGACUUGUACAAAAAGGUAAAGAAGAACAGCUCUCCUCCUCUUUCUCUCUAUGGCCAGCUGUUGUGGCGUGAAUUCUUCUACACCGCUGCCACUAAUAAUCCACGCUUCGACAAAAUGGAAGGCAAUCCCAUAUGUGUGCAGAUUCCAUGGGAUAAGAAUCCUGAGGCUUUGGCAAAAUGGGCCGAAGGCAGGACAGGGUUUCCUUGGAUAGAUGCCAUUAUGACUCAGCUUCGUCAGGAAGGCUGGAUCCACCAUUUGGCCAGACAUGCCGUGGCCUGUUUCUUGACUCGGGGUGAUCUGUGGAUUAGUUGGGAAGAAGGAAUGAAGGUGUUUGAAGAACUGCUGCUGGAUGCUGACUGGAGUGUGAAUGCAGGCAGUUGGAUGUGGCUGUCCUGUAGCUCAUUCUUUCAGCAGUUCUUCCACUGCUACUGUCCUGUGGGUUUCGGCAGAAGAACUGAUCCCAAUGGAGAUUAUAUCAGGCGCUAUUUACCUGUUCUCAGAGGGUUUCCUGCAAAAUACAUAUAUGAUCCUUGGAAUGCUCCUGAAGGGGUCCAGAAGGCUGCAAAAUGUAUCAUAGGUGUUAAUUACCCGAAGCCAAUGGUAAAUCAUGCAGCAGCAAGUCGCCUAAACAUUGAGAGGAUGAAGCAAAUUUAUCAGCAACUGUCACGAUACAGAGGAUUGGGCCUUCUUGCAUCUGUGCCUUCUAAUGGGAAUGGAAAUGGGAAUGGUGGCCUAAUGGGAUACUCACCAGGGGAGAACAUCCCUGGUUGUGCCAGUGCAAGUGGAACUCAAAUGGGAACCAGUGAAGGCCAUACAGGGAGUAUUCAAUCAUGUGCCCUUGGAGAAUCUCAUACAGGAACAAGUGGAAUUCAACAGCCAGGUUAUACUCCAGGGAGUGGUAUUUUGCAUUAUGCCCAUGGGGACAGUCAGAAAGCGCACUUAAUCCAGCAAGGAAGAACGUCCCUUGGUACUGGAGUUUGCACUGGGAAACGCCCAAAUCCAGAAGAGGAAACUCAGAGCAUUGGUCCGAAAGUCCAGCGACAGAGCAGUAACUAACUGGGUAAAAAUCUUGAAAGAACCUCAUUAGUGAUAGAAAACGACA